CUCACCUGUAGGUCAUAAUCAAGCUGGAGUCAUGGCUUCCUCUGUGAACACAACAAGCCCCGAGCGAUCUACCGGCAUGCGAACCCGGGGGAAAAGGGGAAAUAAUAACGUGGACAAGAUGGAUGUUCGUGUUACCAGUGGUGUGACUGUUGCCCCAACUGCACAGCUGGCAGCCAGAAGAAAAUCACAAGAGUUCUGUAAGAAUCUGUAAGAUGAGGCUAGAGUGGCAAAAGGAUAAGAUUGAUGAGCUCACCAAAGAAAGAGACUAUCUAAAGGAGCAAUUAGCAGCAUCUCUCUCAAAGGAACCCACAAGUUCUGUCCAGGAUUCCAGUGAGGUAUUGAGCAUAUCUUCACCGUCCUCUGAUGGGUCUUUUGAUGAGAGUUCUGACUCCUCCAUGAGCACAACUUCAUCAGAUGAAGACAGCAAGAAGAGGAAGAAGGGCAAAGCAAAAAAGCACAAGAAGUCAAAGAAACAUGACCAAAAACAAAGAAAAAGAGUCCAGAAUCCUAAGCAAGUAGUCACCCGGAAUAACAAGAUUUUGAGGCUGUUCAAAAGAGGAUGCACCAUGUCUGCUGCCUUUAAACGUCUGGGAGUGGACCGGAACACGAUUGUGGCAACUGCUCCAAUUGCUGAGCUAUUCAUUGUUGUACCUGAGAGGUAUAAAGAAUUAGAAAAACACAAGCAGGGACAGAAACUUUCAUUGUUUGCUACACAGUGUGCUGCAGCAAUCAGUGCAGAUCCAGAAACAGAGGAAAAAUUCAAAGCGUAUAAGUCUUCAGGGAAGCUGCUUCCUCUUAAAACAAAGAAAGAUUAGAUUUUUGUUGUUUUUUUUACAUGGUGAAAUGUGGUGAGAGUCCACCAUUGUUAACAGCUUGGUGGAAGUUAUGUAUUCUGGUUGAUUGGUCAAUUGUUUGUUUAAAAAGAUGACACUUUUGAUUUUUGGUUUGUAUGUUUUUUACUAUUAUUUUACUUUUAUAAAUUCUGUAGUUUUAUUUUAAUGAUCACACAUGUGAUACACUUAAUGUAAAAAGCUACAGGUCAUAUAGUUUGCAUCCAGCCGUGUUGUGUAUUACCUCAAAUAUUGGCUGAUAGUUUAUGACACUUUUGAUUUUUGUAUCAAAAUUUGUGUGUCCAAUCUGUUCUCAUAUUUUUGUGAUUGGCAUCUUAAAAAUACAGUGCGUUGUGGAUCUACCCUGUGUGUUGUCAUUUAUUUUUUGUUACAAUGUACUUUAAAAACUUUCACAUCUAUAAAUAGGUUGUAAGGUACAUAUGGUCCCCACAUUAGAUGGGCUCACUCAAGAUACUUUACUAACAAGUAGUAAAUAGUUUGUAACGUCCUAAAUAAGUUUAUUAAGGUAUUUAUGAGUAUUUAUAGAUAAUCUAUCGAAAAAGAAGUUGGCCGAUAGUGAGUUACAGCCUUUAAGGGACAGUUA